CGCAAUUUUCUUCACUUUCUUGUUUACUUUCCCAGUAAAUUCCUGGCUUGAGCCCACAUCCCGUCUUCUUCUUCCUUUGUAUUAUAUUAUUAUUAUAAUCAAUCCCAAGAUCUCCCAUCUCUUUCAUCUGUACUAUUGGUUUUGAUCGUCUCUGUAUUUUGCUCUGCACUGAGUACUCUGUCUAGGCCGUGAUUUGAUCAUUUCUUUGGGCUCUGCGACGCCAUGGUUGCCGAUAGCAAAUCCAAAUCUGAUAUCUCCUUCGCUGGAACUUUUGCUAGCAGUGCUUUCGCUGCCUGUUUUGCGGAGAUAUGCACAAUCCCUUUGGACACUGCUAAAGUGAGGCUCCAGAUCCAAAAACAAGCAGUAGCUGGUGAAGCAGUGACCGUACCUAAAUAUAGGGGUUUGUUGGGUACGGUUGGUACCAUUGCCAGGGAAGAAGGUCUUUCCGCUCUGUGGAAGGGCAUUGUGCCAGGACUACAACGCCAAUGUGUGUAUGGAGGUUUAAGAAUUGGGUUAUAUGAGCCCGUCAAGAACUUCUAUGUUGGAAAGGAUUUCGUAGGAGAUGCCCCAUUGUCAAAGAAAAUUCUUGCUGCCCUUACCACUGGUGCUGUGGCAAUUACUGUGGCAAAUCCAACGGACCUUGUAAAAGUUAGACUUCAAGCUGAAGGAAAAUUACCUCCUGGUGUGCCCAGACGGUACUCUGGAUCAUUAAAUGCUUACUCCACAAUUGUAAAACAGGAAGGAAUUGGGGCUCUUUGGACUGGGCUUGGCCCCAACGUGGCAAGAAAUGCUAUUAUUAACGCUGCAGAACUAGCCAGCUAUGAUCAAGUGAAACAGACCAUUUUGAAACUUCCAGGCUUCACCGACAAUGUUGUAACUCAUCUACUUGCUGGUCUAGGGGCUGGGUUCUUUGCUGUCUGCAUUGGCUCCCCAGUUGAUGUGGUCAAAUCCAGAAUGAUGGGCGAUUCAACUUACAAAAGUACCCUUGAUUGUUUCAUCAAAACUUUAAAGAAUGAUGGACCUCUUGCCUUUUAUAAGGGGUUCAUCCCCAAUUUCGGGCGGCUAGGAUCAUGGAAUGUGAUCAUGUUCCUCACCUUAGAACAGGCUAAGAAGGUCGUCAAAAAAAUUGAGUCAUCUUGAACACAACCAAACAUAAGUUGGCUUGUCUGAGGAACCGACUGCAAAUGGAUUGAUAUUGUUGAGAAAACAAUAGCUUUAUUCUUUCCAUUUAGCCAGGGAUAGAUCUCUUGCUCUCUUUUCUGCGAGGAAAUAAUGAUAAUUAGAUAUAUAGGUACUAGGGAUUUUUUUUUUUU